AUGGAGCUGUCUCUUCCUGCUGUCUCCGCCCCACAGUCAAUAAUCUCCUGGGGGCCCCACAGGCCCUUGGGGCCCUCAGGUGACAUAGGGGGGCCCCCUGCUGCUGCUGCUGCUGCUGCUGCAACUCCUGUAUGGGGGGCCCCUGCUGCUGCUCCUGCUGCUGCAACUGUACGGGGGCCCCCUUACUUUACUGCAGCAGCAGCAGGAACACCUGCGGGCCUGUGUGGGGCCCCAUGGGAGGAGCUGCGGGCUCCUGCUGCUGCUGCUGCUGCUGCUCUUGAGUGCUGCCGUGCUGCUACUGCUGCUGCUGCUGCUGCUACUGCUGCUGGUGAAGACAGAGAGAUAGGAGACCUGCUGCAGUUUCUCGCGAAGCUGCAGCAAACAAUCAGCAGCUCUGGAGGGGCUCUUCGAGCCAUGGAGUGGCAGCAGCAGCAGCGGCUGCCGCUGCUGCUGCUGCCUGAAACUCAGCAGCAGCAGCAGCACCAGCAACAGCAGCAGCAGCGUGCAGCAGCAAGAAGGGUGCAGCACUCCUUCAAAGAGACAAGGACCCGGCCCAUCCACCGCUCUGCAAGCGGAAGCAGGGCAGCAGGGAGGGAAGCACUGCAGCAGCAGCAGCAGAAGCAACAGCAGCAGCAGCAGCAGCAGCAGCAGCAACUGGGCCAAAGCCAACUACGCGGAGAGUCGCAGCUCCUGGCGGCUAGCAGUUUGAAGAGAGGAGGGGAACCCGAAGCAGCAGCAGCAGCAGCAGCAAGAGCAGGAGCAGCAGCAGCAGCAGCAGCAGGAACAGAAGCAACAACAGCAGCAGCAGCAGCAGCACUCCAAAGGGGUGCAGCAACCCAACGAAGCCUCAAGAGACUCAGCAGCGCAUAUCGCACGGCUGUAAGUGCGCCGACAUGGCUAAGGGCCAGCAGCAGCAGCAGCAGCAGCAGCACCACAAAGCCCCCAGCAGCAGCAGCAGGAGCAGCACCAAGAGCAACAUCAGGAGCAGCAACAACACCAUCAGCAGCAAAAUACGCAGCAGCAGCUUCUAUGGGUAGGCCCACUUUGCCUUUGCUGUUCCCUGGUCUGAGCCCUGCUGUUGCUGCUACUGCUCCUGCUGCUGCUCCUGCUGCUGCUGCUGUUGCUGCUCCUGUUGCUGCUGCUGCUGGCUUGUCGUUGGUGUCUACCACCGUAGAUCAGAGCAACUAUCACCCCUCUAGACUACCAGAAGCAGCAGCAGCAGCGGCAACAAAUGCUGCAGCAGCAGAAGGCGCGGCAGCAGCAGCAGCAGCAGCAGCAGCAGCAGAAGCAGCAGCAACAGAAGCAGCAGCAGCAGCAGCAGGGGAGGUGGUGAAGACCUCCCGGGAGAGGCCCCCCUUCUUACAGCGCAUGCACCUCUGUGUGGAGAGGCUCAGCCGAUACAACACCCAGCAGCAGCAGCAGCAGCAGCAGCAGCAGGUGGAGCAAGAACAGGAACAGGAGAAGCUGAGUCAGCAGCAGCAGCUCAAUCAGCAGCUACAGCAGCAACUGCUGCAGCAGCAGCAGCUGCAGCACAUGCAGCAAGAGCUCACCCUUCUACGCGAACAACAACAGCAGCAGCAAGUGCUCUUGGAGCAGCACCUGCUUCAGCAGCAGUCCCUGCAGCAGCAGCAACAAGAACAGCAGCAGCAGCAGCAACAAGAACAGCAGCAGCAGCAGCAACAAGAGCAGCAGCAGCAGGUGCAACACGAGCAGCAGCAGCUGCAACAAAACGCCAGGGCACCGCACUGCAGACCGGAGCAAACCGAAGCUAUUGCUGUUUCCUCUCCAGCAGCAAGACACACAAGACAGCAGCAGCAGCUGCAGCAGCAGCAGCAGCAGCAUGAUCCGUUAGAUUUGCUGCGAGUGAAGAGCCCUGCUGCAGCUGCCUCCCGUUUGAGCCCCCCAGCCUCGCCACCCCACAGCACCGAAAGAAGGCGCAUGCAACAGCGAAUAGGAGCAGCAGCAACAACAACAGCAGCAGCAGCAGCAGCAGCAGCAGCACCGAGGCCAGUGUCUGCAUCCACUACCCAGGGCCCCCACACAAGUCGAAAGUGUGCUGCCUGCCACCCUCAAGGAGACACAGCCUGCUGCUGCAGCAGCUGCAGCAGCUGCAACAGCUGCAGCAAGACCUCUAGCGGCGCAUACACCCUCCUGCGUGGGAGGCAGCAACAGCAGCAACAGCAGCAACAGCAGCAACAGCAGAAGCAGCAGCAAAAAGCUCCGUGGGGUGGUAACCCUCGAACCGCCGUCUCUAGCAGCCCCAGUUAUCGACUGCAGCAGCAGCAACACAGCUUGAAGCAGCAGCUGCAGCAGCUGCAGCAGCAACAGCAGCAGCAGCAAGAGCAGCAGCAGCUGCUUGUGCUGGCCCUGCCUUCCACCCCAAGGCAGCGGAUUCUUCUCUGUGGUACAGCAGACGCAGCAGCAAAAGGUUCGCUGCAAUUGUCGCAGCAGCAGCAGCAGGGUUUGCUGCAUCUGCUGCAGCAGAGAGCCGCAGGCAGCUGGAGGCAGGCAACAGCAAGAGACACUGCAAGAGGACCCCUGCAGCAGCAGCAGAAGCAGCAGCAGCAGCUGCUGUUGGAGCACAUGCAGCGACAGCAGCACAGGCGCAGCUAUUCUGAAGGCAGACGCACAAGACUGCCCUUGCAGCAGCAGCAGCAGCAGCAGCAACAGCAGCAACUGCAACAAAACCUGCUGGGGGACUGCCCCGGUAUCAGCGACACGAGCAGCAACUGCAGCAGCUACUGCUGCUGCUGCAAUGGAUGCUGCAGCUGCGACAGCGGAGGCAGCACCUGCUCCAGUGGCAGCAGCAGCAUCUCAGCAGCAGCGGGAAUGCUGUGCAGCAGGUCGCUGCAGCAGCAGCAAAAUGAUGACGCCAGCUGUCUAGACACCCCAAUCACACCGCAGCAGAAACAAGCCAUGAUCGACGAGCUCCUAGAAAUGAGACUCAAAGCAGUGCAGCAGCAGCAGCAGCAGCAACAGCAGCAGCAGCAGCAGCAAUAUCAGCGGCAACAGCAGCAGCAGCACUACCCGCUGAUGCACAGUCAAACACCAGAUAACCCUGCUGCAGCAGCAGCAGCUGGAGCUGCUGUUGCUGCUGCUGCGCCUGCUAUGGACACUACAGCAGCAGCAGGCCCUAUUGCCCCAGCAGCAAAACGGGGUGUCUCUGCACCUCCUCACUUCUGCAGCAACUUCGCAGAAGCAGCAAACCCAGAAGCGGCAGCAGCUGCUGCUGCUGUAGCUGCAGCAGCAGCUGCUGCAGCGGAAGCAGCAGGGGUGGCAGCAGCAGCACCGCCGGCACCCGACGCAGCAGCAAAGCAGCAGCAGAAUCUGCAGCCCUGUGCAUGCGGCCUUGGCUUUCCCCCUGCUGUUACUCCUGCUGCAGUUGCUGCUGCUGCUGCUGCUGCUGCUUCUCGCUGGAAUGUCUCCCUGGCUGGUAGCUGCAGCGAGCCCGUGCUGCCAUCUGCAGCAGCAGCAGCAGCAACAGCAGCAACAGCAGCAGCAGCAGCAGAGCGAUGCACUGCUCAACGCCGCUGGGCGCAGGCAAUACAAAGUUUGCUGCUAGCAGCACACUCCAGCACACCCCUGCCUGCUGCUGCUGCUGCUGCUGCUGCUGAUCCUUUUGCUGGUGAUGCUGCUGUUCCACCGCCUGCAGCAGCAGCUGCUGCAGCAGCAGCAGCAACGUUUUCUAAAGGAGAGCAGACAGCAGCAGCAGUAACUAAACUCGGCUCAGUCCUUCAACUAAAGCAGCAAGAGCCUGCUCAGCAGCAGCAGCAGCAGCAGCAGAAGCAGCAGGAGCAGCUGCUGCAGCAAGAGCAGAAACAGCAACAGCAGCAGCAACAACAGCAGCAGCAGCAACAUUCGACUCCAGGUACAGAAUGGUGCGAGGUGCAGCAGCAAGACAACCCAAUGGGACAGCAGCAGCAACAGCAGCAAGAGCAGCAGCAGCAGGGUCAACAGCAGCAGCAAGAGCAGCAGCAGAAAGAGCAAGAGCGGCAACCGCAGCCGCAGCAGCAGCAAGAAGAGCAACAGCAGCAACAACAGAGCAGUGCAUCGCUGCAGCAGCAGCAAGCCCUGCAGCAGCAGCAGCAGGUCCUGCAGCAGCAAGAGACAGCAGAAGAACGGGAACUGCUGCAGCAAGCACAAGAACCGACAAAGCACCAAGUAUACGAGCGACAGCAGCAACAGCAACAGCAGCAGCAACAGCAGCAGCAGCAACAGCAGCAGCAGCAGAGGGCGAAGGACUCUAUGGAGCCCGUUCAGAUAGCAGCAAGCCGAAGGGUCUCCUCUGUGGCUUCUCAGGUGUCUCCUCAGCAGUCAAAUGAAGUGUCUCCUCGCUUAUCUAAUCACCUCCUACUGCAGCAGCAGCAGCAGCAGCUACAGCAGCAGCAGCAGCAACAGCAGCUGCAGCAGCUGCAGCAGCAACAGCAGCUGCAGCAGCUGCAGCAGCAACAGCAGCUGCAGCAAAUAUGCUGGGAAGCUGCAGAGGAGACAGACAAGAAGGCGCUUACUCAGUGGAGACCCCAGCAGCAGAACAGCAGGGAGGAACAACAGAGCCCCCCAGGCAGCAGCAGCAGCAGCAGCAGCAGCAGCAGCGGCAGGGGGCAGCAGCAAACCAACAGUCGAUGGGAAGCUGAAGAUAUUCCUCCUGCCGCAACACCUGCUGCUGCUGUUGUUGCUGCUGGUGCUGCUGCAGGGCCCACAGUCUUCUUGGGCCACAGGAGGAAACAGCAGCAGCAGCAGCAGCAGCUGCAGCAGCAGCAGCAACAGCAACAGCAGGGUAACUUUCAUGAAGACAGAACAGUGUUGGUCUCAAGACCGAAGUGGCAGCAGCAACAGCAACAGCAACAGCAGCAGCAGCAGCAGCAGCAACAACAAUCUCAAGAGCCUCGCGUGCAGCAGCAACCGCAACAGCAGCAGCAAAAGCAGGAGCGCCAGGAGCAGCUGCAACGACAGCAGUGGCAGCAGCCCCAGCAUCAGCAGCAGCAACAGCAGCAGCAGCAGCAGCAGCAGCAGCAACAGGGGCAGCGUGAAAGCUAUGGGGCGCAUGCAUCAGCAGAUGGAAGCCCCAAAAGGCGUCUGCCUCGCCCAGUGAGCGCCCCUCAGUACCCAGCAGCAGCAGCAGCAGCAGCAGCAGCGGGAGCAGCAGCAGGAGCAGGAGCAGCAGAAGCAGCAGGAACGGUGGUGGUGGGGAGACACAGCAGCAGGGCCCCUAGGGGCCCCCUACGCCUACCUGUGAAUAAUACCUGCGUCUCAAGCCACACAAUAGGGGCCCCUAAGAAAAGAGAGACAACAAAAGAGAGACAGAUGAAGACAGAAGGCUUCUCCUGUGUGGGGCCCCAGAGAGAGGUAUCUGAGAGACAGCAACAAGAAGCUGCUGCUCCUCCCGCUGAGGCAAGGCAGCUGCAGCAGCAGCUGCUCGAGAGGCAGCAGCAAGUGCUGCAGCAACAGCAGCAGGUGCUGCAGCAGCAACAACAGCUACUGUUGCAGCGGCAGCAGCAAAACUUAAUAAACGAAGACAUCGACAAGGUCUUGGGUCUUCUUAUGAAGCAGCAGCAGCAGCCCUCACUAACGCAUGCAACAGGAGCACCAACGAGCCCGGGAGCAGCAGCAGCAACAAGCCCCACAGCAGCUGCAGCAGCAGCAGGAGCAUCAAGCCCCACAGCAGCUGCAGCAGACUCCCCCAGCAGCAGCCCCAGCAGCAACUGGUCUGGUAGCAUUAGCUCAGGCGAGGUUAUUGUUACACCUGCAACCCAUAGACAGUUCGUUUGCAUGCAAGCAAACAGCCUGGGGGCCCUUGGGGGGCCUCCAGCAGGGUACUCAUGGGGGCCCCCAAGGGGGGGCCCCCCUGGGGGGCCCCCAGGAGGGUACUCAGGGUACUCAGGGGGGCCCUUGGCUAGCGGCAAUAUUCUUUCACUGGGAAGGGGGCCCCCUAUGAAUAAGCCUCCUCAUGGUGCUGCUGCUCUGCAGCUGCUGCAGAGCAGCCCAGAUGCUGCAGCAAAAGCUGCAGCAGAAGCAGCAUCAAGCAGCAGCAGCAGCACAGGGUUGCAAGGCUUACGGGUGCUUGUACCCCUGCAGCGCACAGGGGCCCUCACGGGGCCCCUUUAG